AUGUGUAACAUGGCCUGUAGGCCUAUGCUCGAGCCAGUCAGAGAUUGUCUCUUAAACAACUUUGUGCUCGUCAUUUGGAUGAUGAUCAUAGUCAUAGUCCGUAUGAACGAAUGCUCUCUCAACUUCUGGCAAGGAUUCGAUAUUCGAUUGAAGAGUUUCACUGAUGUCAUGAGAUUCACGAAGGAUCAUGUUCUCGUCAAGCACAAUGUGAACCUGUAA